AGAUGCUAUAUAUGCAUGUGAAUAUUGAAGGGAUAGAGGAUUAGGUAGCAAUUCAAACAGAAAGAAACCUAUCAAUUAUGCUUCGUCGAGUCUGCGUGGCGUUGCCGGCAGCGACCGGCGUGCGCUUCGUCGCUUCCGGCACUGGCCAGUCAACCGGAUCGAAUUCAGACUACAGCGGCCCCAUCGACAACGUCACUGGCAAGGAUAACAAAGCUGGAAUCUACAGUGACAAGAAACCACAGACUUACUUUGAGGAAAAAUACCCGAAUCGCAAAGACGAGUUAGGCUCCCGGCAAUUCACGCACCCUGGCGACCCGGAGGGGAGGUCUGACAACAUCAAAUACCCUGAAUUUGACACGUCCCUGGGCAAGUUUGAGCAGGCACCGUACUUCACCGGCGGGCCGCCGGCAAUGCGUUACCACGGCUAUAAGCGCGAUCCUGCCGACAAGGAGUCCGUUGAUUACCGUGAUGUGAUGCCGGCCCCGCCGUUCGAGGACCAUCACCCCGAAAAAUCGUACGGCAGUGUCACGGGUCGCCGCGAAGGUAACACGUUCCUGCUCGCGAACUCCACCAUUAACUACGAGUUCAAGGCCGCUAUCAUGUCGCUGUACCAUAGCAUCCUCAAGUCGUUACCAAUAGUGAAGCACUUUUACUUUCUACUGAUUCCCCUCCCUGACAUGAAGAACAAGAUCCGGGAGCGCUUUCUACAGAACCAGCACACAAAAGACCCGGAUGCUAUUCGCCACCUGAUCCACAACGGCUGGAUGGAGUUCCAAGAAGUAGUCAUGUUCAGACGCCACCGCGCCACGGUUGAGAAGUUUUUCGGCUUUGAUAGUUUAGACACGAUUGUAAUGCAAUACUCGAAAGAGGAGGGCAUGAUGAACAACGAGCGCGCCUUUUGGAACGGCGAGGAACAGCGCCGUGAAGGCCCUUACAACGGCCACUGGUCCUGGCUAGGCCAGGAGUGCGAAAAGGAGUUUAGCAAGAUUGCCGGCCGCAUUCCAAUGUCAUGGACGACCUCGAAGGGGUACUUUGAGAAGGGCCAAGCGGACGGUACCAACUACUGGGAGAAGAACUUAGAUUACGAAGGUUGGUACAUCAAGAACGUCGACCCCGAUCGCCAGAACGCGCGGCGGGAGAUGCAGGGCUGGGUUGAGAGCGGCUAUAACCAGCCGAAGCACUACGCUAGCAAGAACCGCCGCGGCUAUCGCCGCAUGGUGAAGGACAUUGAGACACUGAUGGAGACCUCGAUGGAGGAUCUGUACACGCACAACCGCGAGCAACUAUUCCAGUACCUGAUCCGUGAGACCCACCCCGAGUCCAAUCGCAUCAACGCCGAACGGACCUUAGCUCGCCAGGAUGACGACUUCUACUCUACCCGCUUCGAGGAGUACGAGAAGUAUCUGAAGCAAGCAAUGCGCGAGAUGCCUAACCCACGACUCUGGAAGACUGACGCGUUCUACUUCCGCCUCCGAUAUCUUCUAGCUCCACUGGAGUACAACUGGGCGAAGGUUCCCAUCGGCGCGGCGCAAGAGAAGCUGUUCAACGAGUGGAUCUCUGACAACGUCAACUACGCGAUUUACACUAGUGAUGUGUUUGCGAAGAUCAAGACAGACAAAGCACGCAACCCGAUGGCGAAAACCUGGGGCGACUUUUACACGGAGUUCGACCCUGAUGUGCCUGAGACACGCAACCUGCCCUGGUACCACAAGGACUUCGACUACGACCGCCGCCACAAGUGGGAUGAGCGCUGCAUGCGUAUGAAGAGGUGGGUGCAGAGCGGCACUAUUGACUGCAAGUACGCGUUUUUUGACAGCGUCAUCGCCGAGUGGGAGCAGUACGUCAACCGGCCGGAGCGCUUCCGCGCACCAGAUAGUGCUGAGCGCCGCUAUGCUGCGCCGCGCAUGGUACAACUGUACCGCUCGCUCAACCGUCUGAUGGAUGUGGCGCUGGCAAACCAGAUGCGCAAAGUGGUUUCGAAAGAUGGCGACCUUAGCCAGCUAGCCUUGGAGGGUGUACAACGGAAGAUUGAGGCGGCGGACUUCACAAACUUCCGCUUCGAGGUCCCAGUAGUGAUCUACCCAGACGGCUUUGCCCAGCCCCAGCUGGGUGUUGACGGCCGCAGCGAAAGUGCUGUGGUUGACGCGCGUGCUGCGGCCAUCGCUUAG